AUGGUAGCACAGUCGGUGCCUCUCAAUACUGAAAAAAAGAGAGGUUUACACUGCCAUAACCCAUUGCGUAAGGCUACGGUCGCAUCAACCAUCCUCGGAGUAUCAUGUAUCGCAUGGCUAUUGCAGUACUUCAACCCAGUGCCCUUGGAAUUUUAUCGAUUUUUAAAUCGGAAAACGAAACAUACUGCAGUCAGCGGGUAUCUUUCAGCACUUUCACAUGUCUUGGAGAUGUCAGACAACAUGCCUGAAGAGAAGAGGGUCUUGUUUGGAGAGAUCCAACAAAAAUGGAAGGAUGGCGUUUUCAACAAUGACUGGACGAUGUACGUGGCAGAACGGACAGCAUCGUCAUCUGUCAACACGAGCAUCGCUAUCCAGAGAGACUUCAACAGUGAAGUUUCAUCUCACUCCAUGAGGAUAUCAUUCGAAAAGAAAAUUAGGUUUGCUGCAAGUGAAUCCGGUGGAGAUGAAGCAACUGGAAGUAGCGAAACAGGUUCUCUGUUAAAUCUGUUUGAAGUCCCUGAAGGGACGGAUGCCAGUGCACAGAACCAGAUUGAUACUUGGCGCAAGUGGCUAGAGUACAUCCUCGAGGUUCCCAUAGAGGAUGUAAGGGUAAAAAUUCUGAUGCUCCCAUAUAGCAAUAAAAAUAAGUUUGAAGCGACAAUGAUUCAGUAUAUCGGCAAAGUGCUAAUGGACUUUGUUAACAAAGUCAUCGAUGUCCCUGGCAAUGUCUUGUUUAUUGAUGAUAUUGAGCGAGACUGGAUCGUCAGUAAACUGUCACCGCUCUUUGUUUAUCUAGAAGCCACGUUCGUAAAUCGAGUACGAUUCCACUGGCAAGUGAUUGAACAUGAUAUAGAGCCCACUCAUGAGCGUCUCGUCCGUGAUGGUAACACCACCAACAAAGACCAGUUGAAAGCCGACAUGGUUGAUUAUGAUGUGCGGUAUGCGGGGAAGAUCCGUUCUCUAACCGUUCAAGGAAUCAGAAAUCGGCUUACAUUACGAUCAAUUUUUUUAAGAGGGAAGGAGGAUUACGUUGACGAGGAGAUUUUAUCAGCAAUAUUUCCACUUAGUUGGGAGCUCCGCUUCCAAUUUUUGGAAAUAUUUGAACUAACUGAAUAUAUAAUGCUAUCAGUUAUAGAAUAUCCAAAUGUGAUAAAAGAGCUCAGAAAGCAUCGUGCAGACUCUCUGGAAUUUUCUAUUAGGCAUUGUCUUUCAAAUUAG